UGAGGGCGGAGCGAGGAAGGCGACAGAACAGCAAUGUCAAGAAGUUUAUGGAGUUGGCACUGUCGUGUAUGCAGCGUCUUUUAACAGGAAAACACAAACAAACAAACAAACAGCGGUGUCGAAGUUGAGGCGAGAGUCGGACACGGAAACAGCCAUGGAUGGUGUUUAUGGAUGGGGCCUGACCCCGCACAACCAAGUCCAAUCAGCGAGCCCCUUCAUAGAGAUCAUUGAGCAGCCGAAGCAGAGGGGCAUGAGGUUCAGGUAUAAGUGUGAGGGACGUUCAGCUGGCAGCAUCCCCGGAGAGAAGAGCAACGACACCACCAAGACCCACCCAGCCAUCAAGGUGCACAACUACAGUGGUCCCCUGCGUGUUCGCAUCUCAUUGGUGACGAAGAACCCACCCCACAAGCCUCACCCACACGAACUGGUCGGGAAAGACUGCAAACAUGGCUACUAUGAAGCAGACCUGCAGGAGAGAAGAAUACACAGUUUUCAGAACCUGGGCAUACAGUGUGUCAAGAAGAAGGAUGUGAAUGAGGCCAUCACGUGUAGGCUGCAGACCAACAACAACCCUUUCAACAUUCCCGAUGCAAAGGUGUGGGAGGAGGAAUUUGACUUGAACUCGGUCCGGCUUUGCUUCCAGGCCACCAUCACUCUGCCUACAGGGGAGCUGAUUCCCCUGAAGCCUGUGGUAUCACAGCCCAUCUUUGACAACAGGGCGCCAAACACAGCUGAGCUGAAGAUCUGCCGAGUCAACCGCAACAAUGGAAGCUGCAAAGGAGGGGAUGAAAUCUUUCUACUGUGUGACAAAGUGCAAAAAGAGGACAUCGAAGUGCGUUUCUUCCAGGACUCCUGGGAGGGAAAAGGCACUUUCUCGCAGGCUGACGUCCACAGGCAGGUGGCCAUUGUGUUCCGCACACCGCCGUACCGCGACACUAACCUCACCGAGCCCAUCAGAGUCAAGAUGCAGCUGCGUCGGCCCUCAGACCGCGAGGUCAGUGAGCCAAUGGACUUCCAGUACCUGCCCUCUGACCCAGAUGAAUACAGGCUGUGUGAGAAGAGAAAGCGUACAGGGGACAUGUUCCAGAGUCUGAAGCUGGGGCCCAUGCUGUCUAGUGUGUCCAUUCCACAAGAUAGAAGGCACAUAAGCCCGGCAAGGAGAACAAUCACAACCAAGCCUCCAUCAAUGAAUGCACAAGUUGCAGCUGUGGUGCCAUCUGGUGCCAGAGGAGCCAAACCCCAGCCUUCCUACUUAUAUCAACCGGGCCAGCUUUUCUCAGUCCAGCCCAAGAUGGAGAGCCUGAGCCUGGGCUCCCAGCCCAAAGCCACUCCAAUGCCCAACUUCACAAUGAGCCAGGCACAAUGCUCUACCACCACGUCCACAGCCAACCAGGACUACUCAACCGUCAACCUGUCAGACCUGCACGAGUUCUUCCCCAACAUUUCCUCGGCCAUGGCCCAGGAGACGACAGCUUCUCAGGCAGGCGCGUCCUCCACACAGAGCAGCAGCUCCUUCACGCUGCAGGCUUCUCAGUUCCGGGUGGACCCACCACUUGUGGACGAUGAUAUCCCAGAGUUCCCCAGCUUUUCCGAAGCCCAGGCGCCAGGCGUUCUGGACAACCUAAACAUGGACGACUUUGAAGACCUCCUGAACCCAAACCUCCUGAACCCAAACCUCAUGAACGUGGGUGGAAACGGCCCGGUGAUGUUGGCUUCAGCUUCAUGCCAACAAGCUGCCGCUCCCAGCUCGUCUUCUGCUGCUCAUGGCGCAGCAUCCCAGAACACAUCUGACCCUGCUGGCCUCCCAGGGAGCACCUGGAUGAAUUACCCCAACAGCAUUGUCAACUUGCUCCAGAACGAGGGCAUGAUUGACAUGUCGUCCAACAACAACAACCACCGCUCAGCUGUGCUGGAUGAGUUCGACGAGUUGAUGUCUGCAGACGAGGAUCGCCUUAUUUCAAUUUUUAACAGUGGAAGCCAAGCAGGAUUUGUGUCAGGACACCCGACUUAAAGUUUGUCUAAUUGAUUUUUAUACGGACAAACUAACAUAGACCACUUGUGUCUACCCUUCAGAACUAUAAGUCCUUUGUUGUUUUAAAAGGAAAGAGGGUGGAUUAAUUAGGGCUUGUGAACGAUGGAAUGUAGCAAAACUGCCGACUGGGUACAUGCUCUUUAAAACCCGAAAUCAAGGACUCUUUCUGGUAUUCUAUAAGUAGAUUUUAUUAACCGGAUAGCCUUGUAUGCAUCAAUCAUUAACUUUGUUCUAUAAAGACAAUCAGACGGGGUGCAUCGCUGAAUGCAUCUGUUCAAAUGUUUUCCUGUUCUGUGGAAUCUUAAGCAUGUUUUUGUACGUUUUAACAAUUGUAGUAACUGUGGUCAGUGUUAAUGUGAUUAUCAUUCUGUAAGUUUGGUUUAAAGCGGUAGGGGUUCACAGUAGGAUUUUUAUCACACUUGGAGGUAAGUCUGCAAAUAAUGUCCUUGUAGUUGAAAUAUCCCCAUAUAUGACUUUGGACCUACAAAUACCUUUUCUUUUAAGGUCAGCAGCAACUAACAAUGUUCUCAUACUGGUGCCUUUGAGUCUCAACACAUACAGUAAUGCGUUGCAAACCAAAUGAAGUUGUGUGUAUAAUUAUCAAGCUACAUUAAUAAGUACAUGCUUAUAGCAGAAGCUCACACAGAGCUGUAUCAGAUUAUGUUUUGCUGUCUGCCUGUGGUCAGUUUUUCUACAGUUAUUUCAUAAGUAAUGGCUGCAGUUUAACUUUCAGACCUGUAUGUUGACUUGCUUUACUCUUUAGUAAAAAAAAAAUGCUUUCAGGUGCCGUUUUAUACUAGUAUGAUGUAAACAUAGUAUAUGUGCCUUUUUGCUGUUAUUAAUAAUUCAUUCUGUCAAAAUCCAAAACACUUUUCUUGGCAAUAAAACCCACAACGUCUAAAAA